AUGUUGAGCAGAUUCCUGUUCUUGGGCGUUUGCCUCUUUCUGGACCGUCGUGCUGCAGCAUUCGUACCUCAAGGCCGCCAUGUGGUUUCGGUACGCCCAACUGCAAGCCCCCGUCUUACUGGCGCUUGGGCACCCACCCCAGCAAAAGAUUCGCAGCUAUCCAUGAAACUACGUUUUGGCGGAGGUUCCAACCAAGUCUCUUCCACCAUGAUUAAGAAGAGCACUGUUUCCAAGGUACUUUCACGAGUUGCCCUUGCAUUUUUGGCCAUUGCCAUGGUACAAAUGCCUCUGGCGGCUCAUGCUGCCAAGAAGGCCAAGGUCGUGGAACAUUUACAUACGGGACAAAAAGUGGCAAAUUUCUUUCGAACAUUUGGUAUCCCUGAUUUGGGCGUCCUUGCAAUCAUUUCGGCUUUGCCGGUAGUAGAGCUUCGAGGAGCCGUACCGGUUGGAAUUUGGAUGGGUUAUCCAAUCACCACCGUUUUGCCCGUUUGCGUCCUGGGAAACAUGGCUCCUAUCAUUCCCCUUCUUUAUCUACUUCGCAACCCAACGCUCAAAAACCUCAUGGCUCCAAUUUUGAAGAGAGCCGAAAAGAAGGCUGCUGGUUUGGGUGUUGGAUCGCUUGAAAAGCAAUGGGCAUCGUUGGCUGCAUUUGUAGGUAUUCCACUUCCAGGAACAGGUGCCUGGACUGGAGCCAUGGGUGCCUUUCUAUUGGGUAUGCCAACGGCCGUUGCCCUGUCUUCCAUCUUUACUGGUGUAGUAUCGGCGGGUGUUAUCAUGUCGGCUAUCACAUUGGCUGGAAGGAAGGGUGGAUUAGCAGCAUUGGCAGCCUUGUUUGCCUUUACUGGCAAGGAAUUUCUCUUUGGUUCCAAAAAGCAAGAUUUCCUAGAAGCUGACCCCUACUGGGACCAAUCCACAGUUCCUGUGAAUGUGUACAAGAACAAGGCACCUUUCACAGGAAAGGUUGUCUCCACAAAGAGAAUUGUUGGACCUAAAGCUACUGGUGAAACAUGCCACAUCAUCAUUGACCACAAAGGCGACUUCCCCUACUGGGAGGGGCAAUCCUGGGGGGUCAUUCCACCUGGUGUUAGGGAAAAGGAUGGAAAGCCUCACUCAGUUCGCCUAUACUCCAUUGCCUCUUCUCGUUAUGGAGAUGACAUGACAGGAAACACUGGAUCCUUGUGUGUUCGUCGUGCAACCUACUGGUGCCCAGAGCUCAAGGCUGAUGAUCCUGCCAAGAAGGGAAUCUGCUCCAACUUUUUGUGUGACACCAAGGCAGGUGAUGAAGUUCAAAUGACUGGUCCUGCUGGAAAGGUUAUGCUCAUGCCAGAGGAAGAUCCUAGCACUGACUACAUUAUGGUUGCCACUGGUACUGGUAUUGCUCCUUACCGUGGUUUUGUGAGACGUCUCUUCACAGAAAAGACACCAGCUGCUGAAGCCUACAAAGGCCAGGCCUGGUUGUUCCUUGGAGUUGCCAACAGCGAUGCCUUGUUGUAUGAUGAUGAGUGGCAAGAGGUCAAGACCAACAACCCGGAACAGUUCCGUUUGGAUUAUGCCCUUUCUCGCGAACAGAACAAUGCUAAGGGUGGCAAGAUGUACAUUCAAGACAAGGUUGAGGAAUAUGCUGAUGAAGUCUUUGAGAAGCUUGAGAAUGGUGCCCAUAUUUACUUCUGUGGAUUGAAGGGAAUGAUGCCUGGAAUCCAAGGCAUGCUCAAGGGAGUUGCAGAGAAGAAAGGCUUGGAGUAUGAUGCUUGGUUGAAAGGACUCAAGGCCAAGAAGCAGUGGCAUGUGGAGGUCUACUAG